CUCUCUCUCUCUCAGUUCUGUGAUGAGGAUGACAUUUGUCUGUCCGUACUGCCAGGAGAGUGGUCUGGAUGAGAGGGAUCUGUGGGUUCACUGCAAUGGCAAGCAUCAGUAUGACAACAGGCCCGUGGUGUGUCCAGUGUGUGCCUCUCUGCCUCACGGUAAUCCAAACCAAAUCAGCAGGGACUUCAUCAUACAUUUGAACCUGAGACACUGCUACUAUACCAAGGACUACACGAACAUCAAUCAAACCGACACGUUGAACUUGCAAGAUGCCAUUAUUGAGUCUCUCCGGGAUGCCAACCUGAAUCCCAGAUGAAUAUCAGAUACAACAUCAAUAAUCUAGCAAUAUAGCAAUAACACACUCAUCAUGAUUUGUAUAUUUUGAUGCUAAAGCUGCUCACAGAAGCCUUUGUAAAAAUGGCAAUGUUGUCGAACAUGUUGAUUGUUGCAGCUGUUCUUUUCUUCCUUUUGAAUGUAUAAAAUCAUGCCCUGUUUACUGCAUCUAUCGAAUGUAUCAACUAUAAUGGAUCUUUUCAAUAUCAGCUUUGAUAUACUUUUUCAUAUAUUUAAUAUCCUUGUAUAUUCUUGACAUAGAAUGACUAUAAUAAAGAAUAUUGAAAUCAAACCUAUCGUGUG